AUGCGCCCUUUCUUCAGUAGCAAUGUGCGACGGCAAGACGACGUUGUUACAGAUCCCGAUAUCUCGGACGCGUGUUACGAUUCCUGUAAUAAUGCCGCUUACGAAGCCCAAAAACACGGCAAAGAUCCUGCUCUCUGCGACCAAGAUUCGACCUUUGGUACUUUUUUGAAUGAAUGCACAGACUGCGUUAAAGAGACCACGAAAUCUGGAAAUGCGUCCGACGACUUAAUCCCGGCUGGUUUCGACCAAUUCAUUGAUUACUGCGCAUCCCAGGGAAAUGGCACAGAUCAAAUCGAUGCAGUAGCGGUCAACACUUUGCUUGCAUCCUAUUCAUCAUUAGUGGCCAGCCAGUCUGCUCUUGAGGACGCGCUUUCGUCGAGAGGUUAUAAUCUUUCCACAACUACGGAUACGCCUACGACCACGACACGGGAGACCAGACCCACGCUUACGGCCUCACAAACUGCCGUAAGCGGUACGGAUGGAUCGGAUGCGGAUUCCCCGAACACAAAAGUCAUUGUUCCUGCUGUUGUCGUCCCUGUGGUCUGCCUUAUAGCCGCCGCAGCCGUUAUUUGGGCAUUGAUUCGUCGACGGCGGAGACGGCAGAUGCUGCAGAAUAAUGGAGAUACAGAUGGAUUUGACGGCAAAGCACAGCUCCACGCUGACGAGUUCAGGCCUGAACUUGAGGCUGUCACUAUAGCAAAAGAGAAAUCAACUGAUCCGGAUGAGAACAGUGUGGUGGCGGAAUUACCUGCGCGAGAGCCUGUUGGGAGUGAGAUGGAUGCUACGAACCAAACAGAAGAACGACGGGCAUCAAGUUGA